CUGGGAUGUCCAUCCCCUUGGACUGGGUUGGGAGAACACAGGAAACACCCCAGCCCUCUCCCACAGAGCCUCAGCCUGUGACAGCUACUUCCCGCUGACGAGCAGAACGGCCUGAAGCCAGCAGCAGAGCCAGCUCCGACAGAGGCAGAACUGCCUCAGAAGCCUCCUGUAGCUAACAGCCCCAUCCACAGCCUCUCCAGGGCAGGUGCUUCCAGGAGCAACCCCGACAUUAGUUGGUCCUCAUGUCAGUCAAACCUAGUCCUGCACCUGGGCCCACCUUGGCACCCAACAAUGAUUUUGAAGAGAUCCACAACUGGACACAGCUGCUCCAACUCCUCAACCACACCUUUACUGACUGCCACACGGACCUCAACGAGAAUACCAAGCAAGUGGUCCUCUUCGUCCUCUAUCUGGCCAUCUUCGUGGUGGGGUUGGUGGAGAACGUCCUGGUGAUAUGUGUCAACUGGCACCGCUCGGGUCGGGCGGGGAUGCUGAGCCUAUACAUUCUCAACAUGGCCAUCGCAGACCUGGGCAUCAUCCUAUCUCUGCCUGUUUGGAUGCUGGAGGUCAUGCUGGAGUACACCUGGCUCUGGGGCAGCUUCUCCUGCCGCUUCAUCCAUUAUUUCUCCCUUGCCAACAUGUACAGCAGCAUCUUCUUCCUCACGUGCCUGAGCAUCGACCGCUACUUCACGCUCACCAAUGCCUCUCCCUCCUGGCAGCGCCACCAGCACCGAGUACGGAGGGCUGUGUGCGCAGGCGUCUGGGUCCUCGCAGCCAUCAUCCCCUUGCCUGAGAUUGUGCAUAUCCAGCUGCUGGACGGCUCUGAGCCCAUGUGCCUCUUCCUGGCACCUUUUGAAACGUACAGCACCUGGGCCCUGGCAGUGUCCUUGUCUGCUACCGUCCUGGGCUUCCUACUGCCCUUUCCUCUCAUCGCAGUUUUCAACAUCCUAUCGGCCUGCCGGCUUCGGAGGCAGCAACGACCAGAGAGCAGGCGCCACUGCCUGUUGCUGUGGGCUUACAUAGCUGUCUUCGUAGUCUGCUGGCUGCCCUACCAUGUGACCACACUGCUGCUCACUCUGCAUGCGACACACAUCUUCCUUCACUGCCACCUGGUUAACCUGCUCUACUUCUUUUACGAAAUCAUUGACUGCUUCUCCAUGCUGCACUGCGUCGCCAACCCCAUCCUUUACAACUUUCUUAGCUCAAGCUUCCGGAGCAGGCUUCUGAGCAUUGUGGUCCGUUACCUCCCCAAGGAGCAAGCCAGGGCAGCGGGCGGGCGAGCCUCCUCUUCGUCAUCCACCCAGCACUCCAUCAUCAUUACCAAGGAUGACAGCCUGCCUGCUGCAACAAAUCUCCACCCCCAACCCAUCCAAAACCUUCCGGCAUCCUCUCUGCCUCCAAACGCCUCACCUACACUCUGCAAUUCCAUAGCCAGCUAAGGUAGAUUCCAGGCUCCUCCACCAAUAACAAACUCCAAAGGGCUUCACUAUGCAAGUUGUGGGGACAAGAGGCCAGAGGCCAGGGACCCGGGUGGCUUCAGCAAGGCGUUCUCUAGCUGUGCAGUCAUCCUGUGUGAUAAGUGGAGGGCGUGGUUACAGCCAGCAAGCCGGGUCUCGGCAGGCACCCUACAGCUGGCUCAGCAGGACGGUCCUUCCACCCAGUCAUCCAGGAAACGCAGCUCCAUUUCCGUGUGGUAUACUCCCCUCCUCCCACCCAUCCUGCUUCCUCUACCGGCAGUAGUGGCCUCCUGGCCGAAGACCUCCCAGCUUUGAACCUAGGACACUAUCUUCUUGGGAGACAGAGAGCCAACAGUGAUCCCACCCACCCCACCCCCAUCUAUCUCUCCAGUCCACAGCAAACUAUCAAGGAUAAAAAAUCACUCUGAGAACACUUAGAGAGCCCACUGCAAGUACUCUGCCACUGUCCCAUAUAGGGAGAUGGAAGGCCAAACGCUGAUUUCCCGAUUUCCAGAACUCUACAUCGAGUUCUCACUAGUCAAGUCUUUUCAUAGUUCCCCCGCUCAGCAGUUUGUCUACUGAAACUAAAAGUAAGAAAAGAUGUCCUCUUGCUAAAAAGUUGGUCCUCUGGCAAAGGCUCAUUUGCCAGACUUGGGAAAUUGGGGCAGUGAACAUGAAAGACCAAAGCGAAAGCUUCAGAAUGCAGCUCCUGCUUUCUGCGUCCUUGGCUUCUGGAACCCAUUGAGAGAACAGUGGACUUGCAGACCCACAGUCUGCUCUGGUAAUGGGUGCCCCUAUACUGUCCUCUGAUCUGUCUCCUGAUUCUUCUACCAGCAGCGUACCUGUGUGUGUUGGAGACGUGUGCAUGUGUGUGAAUGUGCAUACCAAAACCAAAGGUCAACAUCAGAUGUCUUCCUCAAUUGCUCUCCAACUUCUAUUUUGUGAAUGUCUCUGAGCAUAGAGUUCACCCUCGGCUAGCCUGGCUGGCCAGCAAGCUUCAGGCCCCACAGUUAUCCCUGCCCUCAAUCACUAAGGCUGCAGAUGCAUGCCACUACCAUGUCCGCCAUGUGUGCGGCAGACUUUACAACUGAGCCACCGCCCUAACUUCCUGAAAGGCUUAACCACUACUCAACCAGAAACCACUUUUGCUUUUAGAAACCUCAACCUGCACUCCCUGAAAAUUUCCCCACAGGCUCCAAUGGUGCACGCACCCAGGUCUAUCAACCGUGAAGAGGGGAAACCAGUACUGACUCCACUCACUGGUUCUGCAACUGAGAGGGUCCUGAGUUAUAGACAGCGACUCAGUUACAGAGCCAAAGGCUUGCUGACCCAGACACUUUAGCUGCAGCUUAAGGUGCAGUAAAAAAAAAAAAAAAAAAAAAAAAAAAAAAAAAAAAUUAACCAAAUAAUGCAAAAAUUACACUAAAAAGACUUUCUUUGAACAAUGUGAGUUAAGCCCACCUGUAUGCUGGUCUGUAUCUUAUACAAAGGCACCCACAGAAGUCACCUCCCUGAGACCAGAAUGCGUUUUUCCAAGGGCUUUUCCAUCCAUGAAAGGGAUGAGUAGAAACUAGACACACUGAUUACAAGGCUGUCUACCCAGCGGAUGUUUACCAAGCAGAUGAUCGGCCAGGCCUCCGGCCUCAGCCAUGUGCUCUGGGACCAAAUGGACCACAGGCCUGCAUUCUACCUAGCAAAAUGGAGCCUCUGCCUCCUGCUUGAUGGUUCUUUUCCCUCCCCAGCUGCCUCCGACUCAGACUCACUAUUGCACCAUGAAGUGGAUGGCAAGAGCCACCUUGCUUCCUAACUUUGCACUGAGACCUGCACAGAGGCCGGGCAGAUCACUUCAGAGCUGUUUUCCCUCGAACACUGAAUCAUUUCCCACUAAAAACCAGUCAACAAGCCAAUCCUGGGGAAUUCCAGCCACAGGAGACAAUGUGUUGCUGGAAAGAACCCUGGCACCUGCCUAACUGGUGGAAGCUCCUGAGGGAGAUGAAGUCUGGGUAAAUGUGUGGACGUGGAGAAACAACUCCCACUUCAGGUUUCUUUUCUCUUUUUAAUCUCACUCUCUUUUUAUUCUAAAUAAAAACCACACUUUGUGCUGAACAACGGAAUAUAAAAGAAUCAGAUGUACGAUUUUAGACGUCUACUAUUUUGGGGAAAAAGGUUUACAAAAUAUACAAAACUUUACAGCAGAUAGUAAACACUUAAAUAUCAGGUCAAUACUUCUUAACUUAAUGGAAGGAGUUAGACAGCAACAGCUUCUCCGCUUCUGAAGAGACUUGAGCUACUCAGGUAGGGACCGACAAGGAAAAUGUCUCUGCGUCAUUUUCCUGUGACAUGGAUUAUGACAGAGUCACACUGAAAGGGAUGUGAUGCAGCUGUUUGGUGCACCUGGGACAUCUAGAUACUCUCAGGCAGACAGGGUCCACUUCACAGGAGCCCACUCCUGUGCCAGCAAAUUCAGUACCAUCUAUCCAGAGACUUAAGCUCACUUUCCAAGUUGAGUAGUCUUAGAGUAUGGUGGAGGGGCACAACAGGAAGCCAGAAAAGGAAGGUAAUCAGUAGUAAGGUCCUGCCUAGGUUAAAAAGCUCUGAAGUGUACAGGUCUGCCCUGUAGACAAAGGGCUAGAGAUAGGUCACAAUAAAAUAAAAAAUAAUUCUCACCCAUUUCCUGGUUCCUGAGCCCCCGUUACUUCUUUUCUUCAAACUAGCCAUCAACUGUGGGGACUCGACAGAAUCGUAAAACUUAGAACCAAAUCCUGGGCUUCAUUCAGGAGAGCUUCCAGCCAGCCUGUGGCAUUUCUGACCACCAGGGGUCGCCAGCAUGCAAGGAUGCAUCCUGUUGCUGGCCGCAGCAGCCCACGUUGAUGCCAGCACACCACAUCAGCAUUACCAUUUCCCCUUAGGGAAGAAGGUAGGACUGUCCCAGAGGCUGGCUUGAUGCUCUUCAAAAAGCCCUAAUGAUUGCUGAACAAGACAGUUCUGAAAAUUGUUCAGCUGGUCAUGAGUACAAACCAAAAAAAAACAGGGGUGGGGGGGGGGGACAGGCAGAGAUGAAACACUGAGAGUUCAAAGAGCUCUAGAACACCACAGCAAGGGAGAGAGCUAAAGGGGAAUCCAAAAGGAAGGAGAAAGUGAAGUAAAAUGAACACCUUCCACCAGGGAUCCUUGAGUACCCUUCACUGCCACGUUGUUUCAAGUAAAUCAACUCAAGAGAAGGAUGAACUAGGCACAGGCAAAGAAAAUACAACUUAACACAGAACAGGAGAGGCAUGGUUUGGACAAUGAGCCUCAUGAGCUUGCUACAUGUCUGACUGGGACCAACUGGGCUUCCGUGAUCAGAAGAUAUAGUUUGUAUUUUAGUGUUUCAGGGGCAAAACUUCAAAUGUCUGCUUUUUGGUUUAUGGCAAAAAGGGAAAACUUCACAGUUUCAAGUUAAGUACACAGAUCACCCAGCAUCCAUGAUGCCACAUGCUAAGGAAAACCAUUUCUCCUCCAUCAGUGCUGAGAGCCGCUGAGUACCACCCCUCUCAAAUCAACCGUUCGCAGCCUCUGCCGGAAAAGACUUGGAAAGCCCAGCAGACGCAGAACUGUAGCUUGCUACGCAUCCUCAGCGUAAGAAAAUGGGAACUCAGAAACUAAAAGUCACACAGCAAGGACUUCCUGAUGGAAAUGUCACAGGUUUAGAUACCAAAAGCUGGCCUUUGAGCCCACGAGAAAACCCUGUGCAGCAACUCACAGGCUUUCUCAGCUCAAGGCUGGAGAAAGAGGCAGAUGGCCAGCCCGACAGGAUACAGCUUUGGUCCGCCUCCAUAUCUUAAUAUACAGACAGGAGGCUCCCCAAGUCAGAAGGAUAAACUGUGCAAAAACCUUCGUGUGACUCGACUGGGGUUUGUUCUGCUGGAGACUACACCUGAAGAGGCUGUGCUGCCGAAAAGGCCCGGCACACUCUCUCGUAGUUAACCCCAUCCUCCAACCCACAGAUGUAACCACCUGUUGGGAUAUGGCUCCUUGCUUGAGAGAAACUAAUUUUCCUAAAGCCGCUUAUCAAAAAGAGAUGCUGGGUAACAUGUAUACAAAUCAGAAAAAAAUAAAUAAAUACUAAUGUCUAAAAA